AUGGAUAUACCAGAGGGUAAUGGAAACCCUUUGGGUAAUGGAAAUGGUCGAGCUAGGCAGACUCGACCGAUUGGCUUGGAGAUGCACCAAACCGCCAUCAACAAAGACAAGGGAUUGUCCCACCACCUGUCCAGAACCACAACUUUGAGAUCAAGCUGGAUCAAUGGUGUCUCUGAAGAUGCCAUCAAGCUGAGACUCUUCCCUAUGUCUCUUGCUGACAAGGCUCACCAAUGGGAGAAGAGCCUACCCCAUGGAACCAUCACCACUUGGGAUGAGUGCAAGAAGGCAUUUCUUGCUAAGUUCUUUUCAACCGGUCGUACAGCCAAGCUAAGGAGUGAGAUCUCAGGCUUCACUCAGAGGAACAAUGAGACUUUUGGUGAGGCUUGUGACCGAUUCAAGGGCUACACCAGUCAAUGCCCUCAUAACUUCAACAAUGAGUCCUUACUUUCUACACUCUAUAGAGGAUGUUUGGCAAGAUAUAGAGACAUGCUAGACACAGCCAACAAUGGAAACUUCCUCAACCAAGAUGUAGAUGAUGGCUGGCAGCUUGUGGAGAACAUUGCCAACUCAAAUGGGAGUUAUGGAGAGGAGUAUGAUCGCACAGACUGGAAGCUCGACCGACCACUCGAUCGAGUCGGAUGCACAGCUUCGCAAAGACAUGCAUGCCCUCAAUUCCAAGUUGGACAAACUGAUCCUAGCACAAUUCACUGCGAAGCAUGUCUACUCUGUUUCUGGCAACUACAAAAAGACCUAAUAUGGUCAUACACCAUACCAACCGCCUGCAUCAUAUCAGAUUGCUCCGCAUGGCUACAGACAAGAAGGGACUCUUCAAGGCUACCCACCAAAUUUUCCGGUGCAACAUCAGAGUGUACCACCUGGAUUCGCCCCAAUGCCAUAUCAUACCUCACCAAGUCAAGUUUGGGAUAUGAAUAUUCCAGCAGCUUCUACAAGGGCAAGCCAAGGAUUAUUGAGUCUUCUAGUGCUUCAUCCUCUUCAUCUCAAGAGUAUGCUCAAGCUGUAACGCUAAGAAGUGGUCGACAGUUGCCUAACAGAGAGGUACACCUCAAAUCUGCUGUGGACAUCGAUGACGAGGAAGGGGAGGAUUUAGUUGAGUAUUCAGACAUUCCUGCACCAACUCGAUCGAGCUGA